AAUAAACCAUCGAAGAUCAUGAUCGACGGAGAAGAUGGAGAGCACCCCAACUCGGAGAAGAAUAAUGCCGAUCACGAUCAGAUCUCACGAAAGGGUGAAGAUUUAUUUCUUCCAAAUACCAGCGCAGAUCUAAAAAACGUAAAUGAAAAUUUAGAAACAAACAAAGUUUCCAAUCCCCGAGUAGUACCGUACAUCGUCGAUCCACUUGAGGUAAAUAAUUGUCACACAGUGGAUGAAAUCAAAGAUGUAGUUAAAACGAUCACCGACGCAGUAUUUUGUACCAUAGAAAAUAAUGUCGAUCAACUAAUGAGCCGGGAUUCGAACACUCUAGGCAUGCGAGUUAAAGACAGUUUAAUCCUGAAAGUACAACAGUCGAACAAAAGAGAAAUAAUGUUCGACAGAUUAGGUAGUUCAUUAGUAUCUCGAUUGGUCGUGGACGAUGACCAGAUUCAGUACUCACCGGCGACGGAAAUAUCUUUGCCGAGUACCGGAAGCGAAAAUCUUUCUACGAAGAGAAAAAAAUCCAUCAGUUUAGCCGAGAACGUUGAAAUUUUCAACGAAUCGGACGAAAUUGAAGGUACCUCGGUGGAAAAUGAAAUUACAAAUAUCGUCGAUGAAUUUGGUAAUACUGAAAACGAUGGGGUCGACUUGGAACGGUUGUCCAUGAAGGGCGACGACGAAUCGAACGAUUAUUCCAAAUGUCAAAAAAGAUCGAUGUCUACCGCUAAAAGCGAAAACUUGCUUCCUGAUACUUAUUUAGCAGCUGAAACGACCGAAAAUAAUUCAUUCAUCUUUCUAAGUAAUUGUCCUCAGGUUCAGUCCAUUGACCAAAGACCUUCGGCAAAUUCUCACAGCAAAAUUAAAGAAGUUCUAUUGAAAAAUGUAGAGACUAAACAUCUUGGCCUAUCAGAGCCAAUCUCUAUUCUGGAAGACUUAAUUAAUUCGUUGGAUAAUUUAAUGAGCCCUCCACGGGCGUCUGCGGAAAUUAUCCUAGUUGAGAGCGAAAAGAAAGUCCCGCAGAAUCAAUCGCAGAAAACAUUACCACGAAUGAAUGAAGGAUCCUUGAAGACUGUCGAAGUGGAUUCUUCCAGCAAUGUGGUGGUAUCGAAUCUAUCUCCUUCAAAAAAUCGGAACGGGGAUAAGAUUACCGAAAGAGGAUUACAGAGUGUUGAUUUUGCAGCCGAGAAACUUGAAAAUAAACAAGGCGCGCUUUCGCCUCGGGUACAAAGUGAAUAUUUGGUUCUUAAUUUCGAUGGGAGGGAUACGCUUUCGGAGAGAAGCAACGGAUCGAUGAACCUGCUGGGAUCUGAAGAACAAAUACUAGGACUAGGUAGAAUAAAGAAUCUGGAAUCUGCUCUCGUCGCGGCAAACGCUAUAAUUCUGCAGCUAGUGGCCGACGCAUCCAUCAUUGGUCGUGAAGAUGAAGAAAGUGUUGAUUUGUCGAACAUUCCGUUCAUACGAAGUACAAAAUCUUUAGAAGCUGACGUAAAACAAAAUCGAUACAGAGAAAAACCCGGUCAUAAGUUACUCGACGAUGAAGAUACUCCUCCGGCGAUCGAAAACAUUGCUCGAAAAUCAUACGAAGCAUCUACCCAAAGCAGUUUCAUUGAGAGACGUAUUGAAAAUAAAACUCAAGACUUUGGUGCGAACUGUACCGAAGUUUAUGAUUCUGAGCAUUCGCUUACGGCUGAAAAUAAUGCGGGAAUGUUAUUCCCUAGGGUGAUGAAAUCGAAUGAGAAUUCUGACACCAGAGGAAAACAACUGCUGUUAAGCAUACGAGAUUCUGAAGCUGAUAAUCUGCAGCAAGAACGAGCCAGGAAUAAAAAGUUCGAGGGAAAUGCGAGAAAGUUUGCAGACUCGUUAUCUCGUAUAUUCGGUAAUUCUUCGAGAAAAAGAAUGGAGUUUAAUGUCGCAGCCGACUCAAAGGCGAGUAUCAGACAAGGAGAGUUCAAGGUCGCCGUUGAGUUACCCCUUCAGUCAGCGUCAGACGGUUUCAGCGACAAAGGUGAAGAGCAUUGGAUAGAAGAAAAAAAAUCCGACGUAACAUCCGAAGAUAAUAGAGAAAAGUUGGUUGCUAUUAAAUCGCUAGAAUUUACUAUCGGCACCGAUGAUUAUAACACCGAUAAGGAAAUAAUCCGCAACCCAGACGAAUCCUUGGAAAUCUUGAAAGCAGGAUGUACGACUACCACGGCUAAUGAACAACCAAUCGAUUCUAAAGAAAAAAUUAAUUAUGCUCCAAUAGAUAAAUAUGAUGUUCCAUGUACCCAAGAUGAUCAAUCGAAAAAAUCUUCUAAGGGGUCUGAAACCGGUAGAGGAUUUUCCGUGAUUCGUAAGUUAUUUUCCAAAGCAUCUAUAUGGAGUAAAAAAAGCCACUCGAAUCGAGUUGAUCAGGUGAAGGAAGAAACUCACGAUGAGUCGAGUUCAUAUGCGACUAAUUCACCAAUUCAAGGAUCGAAGAAUGCUUCAAGGGAACAACGUCUUCCUAUAACAGGAAGUACAUUGUCAAAAGGACUGAAGAGAUUAUUUAGAAGACAAACGUCAGAAGAUUUAAGCUGUCGUUCUUCGCAUUCGGAUACUCUUUCCCAUCCUUUGGGAGAAAAUGAUAGAACCUACGUAAUGAUGGGAUGUGACAUUCGUGGGUCAAUGAACAAUAAUGCAAAGAAAGAAUCUCACGGUGCACAAUUCGUCGUUUACAACGUAGACACAACGGCUGGUUUUUCGAAAGCAAUAUCAAAAACUGCCGAACCGCCUGGGACGAAAAAUAAAAACCAGUGGAACGACACCGAAAUAUCGGCUCAGGGCACUCACGAAGAGAAUAACGUCGAAAAUAGUUCGACAGAAAUUAAUCAUGAUAUCGAAAAUCAGGUCGUUCAAAAACGAAAUUCUACGCGAGUUGGUAAACACGACCAUUAUCGAUUAGAGAUCGCAUCCGACGACUCAAGACCAGGUCCCAAUUUCGUUGGUAGGAGGUCAACCGUUGUCAUGAUGGCGACUCCUAUUCAACCCGAAGAACAAUCGCAAGCUGCAUCAUCGAGCAGCUCUGGUAACGGACGAGGUAAAUCGUCAAGCUCCCCAACUGCCCUCUACUAUUUCCUUGGCCCGUCGUUGGACGAAGCUCUUGUAGACGUUAGAAUCCUGUUCCAAAGCCUGAUCGACAAAGUGACAGGGCGGGGAAAGUAGCAGAUCGUUGUCCGAUUUAUUUCUAAUCUAAAUUUAUUGGA